AUGUGCGACGGUCCUAUCAUUGACAGCACUACCCUCGUUCCUCCAGUACCCCGGGUGUUGGUGUCAAACGACGAGCCGACUGCAGAGGAGCAUGCACUCAUCGUCCAAGCAAUCAAGGCCGCUGAAGAGCAGAUGCAUGUGAGGCAGUCAAUUCCAGCGUCAAAGAAAGAUUAUCGCCGAGACGGAGAGCUUAUAGCCUUCGUCCGAUCCCACAAGGGCGUCGUCUCUGCGUUCCGACGCCUUGCCACCGAGUUACUUUGUGUCAUCUUCACCCACUUCGCAAACGACCCACGUCCCAAUCUCGACCAUCCCCCGUAUCGACUCGGACACGUCUGUCGUCGUUGGCGCUCUGUCAUCCUAUCUCUAUCCCCCGCGAUCUAUACCGUCACAAUGCCCAUUCAGAUCACCAAGCAUCAUAGCAAGCUAGGCCUCAAUCACCGCCUCCGACUUGUUCUAGAACAGGUACCACUAUAUUCCUGCAAACUUAGCAACGUCUACGAUAGCAGACACCCAAUAAUGGUCUGGUUUCUUGUGCGCUCGCGCCGCUGGAAAACAGCGUCAUUGACCAUUGAUCCCCGCUCUUCCGUUGCAGUUUCUCUCUUCGACCCACUCAAAGUUCCAAACCUACAAAGUUUACGUCUUUGCUUCAUGAGUCCACCGCCCCUCGCGCGCGCCAUCCGCAGCUGUGACGCUUUCAAAGACGCACCUUCCCUCCAUGAAGUUGAGGUCGAAGCGCUAACCCCGCCAUUCGAGCUCAAGAUUCCAUGGCACCAGCUAACCAAAUACAAGGAACGUUCAGCCCGGCCCUUUGGAUUUCCGUCCCUUAUCCAGAACGAGAAAGGGGCGCGCCUCGAGGAUCUGACGUACAUCGCCCUGGAGUCUAGUUCCGUCGCAGGCAAAAUCUGCGCCACGGUGCUCCACCGCCUUACCCGCCUCGACAUCCGGCUUUACCAUGAAAAAUCGAUUCCGUUCUUGGAGCAACUUAGGGCCCCGAAUCUGCAAGAACUCCGCGUGCGGGAUAUGGGGCACCCAGAAUUGCUGAGAGAUAUCCGCUCCCUUCUCUGGCGCCCGCGAAGUUUCGAGUCGAAGCUCACCCGGCUCGCCAUCUACACCAAGCCGUUCGCCCCAUCAAAACUCUCCCACUUCCUAAGACUCGUCCCGCAUGUCGUCGAGCUCGAGUGCAAUGAUAUUCCCCUAGAAGACCUUGCAGAAAUGACGAUGCCGGCCGAUAAAACAGCCUUCGUGCCGCAGGAGCCUCCUCUCAUUGCUGAGCUACGCAGGCUCACUAUCUACUCUCCCUCAAAGCUCGCCCUCUCCGCUAUCGACAGGCUGAUUGACUCUCGCUUGAAGGUCACCCCAGGAGCACCCCAUGUGCCCUUCGACGUCGUCCGGCUAGUCUUCCCAGACGAGGUCUGUUGCGACGAGGCUGCAUCCGUGUUCGAUGUCGCUCGCGCAGACGAUCAAGACUCAUUUCAAGCCCUCUCCAAGCAUUUGUCAGAGCUGGACGCACUGAUGGAGUCGUACAAGCUCGACGCCGAGCCAGGCAUCUUUCAGGCAGUUUCUGAUUGGAUGGCCGCCAGGAAACUCGACAGCGUAUUGACCGCCAUGGAACAGACCCCGCUCAACGACCCCAAGUUGAUAGAAGUCCGCGCGUUGAACAUCCUGAAGAAGUUCUGGCAUCUUGAUUCGCAUCGGAUCCCUCUGGAGUCGUCGUACGACUUCCUCCGCCGCGCUCGGUUCCUACUCGACGUUUGGACCGCUGCGUUUCGCGAUCGCCCGACAGGACAUAGGUGGGUUCGGCAUGGACUUCGUUCCUUGCUCUAUGUUCGAGACGCAGGAGGCGAGGGAUGGCACGACCAAUUCGUUCAUGGAGAGUACAGCACCGUCAAUGAUCCGGCUUUUUUUUGGCCAUAUCAAGACGUCUGA